AUGGAGAUGGAAGAAGAGAAGGAUCUACCUCUGCUAUUGGGAACCCCAUUCCUUAGCACAGUUGGCGCUUCAAUAGACUUUCACAAGCAAGAAGUGAUUCUUCACAAGGUGAAUAGUUUGGUGUCUUAUCGCUUGCAGCCUAGAGGAUCAGACUUUUGUGCCACAAUUGAAAGCACUCCUCUCAGUUCCAAGACUCAUGAAGUUGCAAAGGUUGUGAAGGAAAAGGUUGACAAAGAGCCAAGAGUUGUGAGAGAUAAGGUUGAGAAGGACAAAGAGAAGCGCUCAAAAGAAGGGGAGGAUGCAGCCUCAAAGGCACUUGUGGGAGAGAAAAGAAAGAACCCACCAGCUCAGGUUUCCUCAGCCAAGCCAUCUCAGCUCACUAUGACCUUGUUCCCCACCAAGUUUGAAAAUGGAAAGAUUGAGUACAAGAUAAGGUACAAAGGGAGAUCAAGACCAUUCUCUAGAGCCAAGGCCUUGGUCACUUCAGAGCAGUCCAGGGAUCCAACCAAGCUAAAGGAGCUUCUGUCUCAAGUCCUCACUAUCACCCUUGAUGGUGGGACUAGCUCAACCAAUGCCUAA